AUCACUUCAAACCACAACUACAGUACAGUCAACAGAAAAGUUACCCAUAGCUGCAGAGUAAGUCUACUUUCCUCAUUUCAUUGAUAAUUCAUGUUCAAUAUGAACACCAUAACUAUCAAUUACAGUUGGGUGGGUGUCAUGAAAGGUUUUGUGAUCAUUUAAUAGUCUAUGUCUACAACAGGAAUAAAACGGUACACAUGGUUAAGUGGAAACUGCUAGUGCAGAAUUUAAUGGAAUGUUUUUUAGGUGAGUAAUUCUAUGAAUGUAGAAUAGAACUGAGUCAGUAAGUCCAUUUACAAUAACACAUUGCUUUCACUUUCUAAUUCCAAGAAACCAUGUGGUCCAGUGGAAGGAGUGAGGUGGUGAAGUGCUGGAGAGCCGGAUACUGUGAAAGACUAGAGCAAAAAAGUGCAUGUUUAGAAUGUGAUAUAGCCUCAUGCUGCUGUACACAGCUUGCACUGUAGAGAAAUAUAUUUUAUCUUCAUGGUUUGCACACUGGUUGUAGUUUUCCUAUCCUGAAUGUAUCUAUCUAGACUAAUAAACCCAUUUGUCUGUUCAUUCACUUCCUUUAGAUCCAUGAUUGAACGCAAAGUUUAAAAUCAGUGGCACAUAAUAUGAAGUACUACACAGUUGAGACUGGCAAUACUUUGGAUUCUCAUAUUCAGUUUAUGAGACGACUCAACAACACCACAAGAUGUUUUACGGAAGUCGAGUCGCCAGAGGAGAGUGAUGUCAUCAUGGCUUUCUGUCCCAUCGUCUCCCGCGCCGGGACUGAUAUUGAAGCAGCACUGCAACAGAUUCCAAAGGGUAAAGAUGUCAUUCUGGUAGUACUGCAUCACACCUUCAACCCAGACUACACUGUACCUUACAGCAGCAGACUAGUGACCAGAAGUGAUGUAAUACUCACAGUGGACUGUCUGUUCCAUGAGAGCCUGGGACUACUGGACUGUCCUCACAAUGAUGCAGCAGUCAGAAAUAUUAGCCAGAAGUUUGACACAGUGGACUGUCUGUUCCAUGAGAGCCAGGGACUACUGGACUGUCCUCGCAAUGAUGCAGAAGUCAGAAAUAUUAGGCAGAAGUUUGACAUAGAUCCUAUGGCCAGAAAUUGUGACUGUCUAGCUUGGAUUCUAAACGCUGCCAUGGGGUUACUGUCUUUAUGCCGCAACUGCCCUUGUAUGGUGAUUUCUUACAUUAUGGGGCUCAUCUCAGGCAAAAAUCCAUGUCCCUUUGCAAGACCUCAUUCCAGAAAUGAAGAAUAUUUACAUUUGGCCCAACUAUGAACAUGUGAUAAUAUAUAGUGUUACUCCUGUAAACGUGAUAAUCAAUUCCCUUAGAGAAUAAAUGUUAUGGAUUACAUCUUUAAUUGCAUGUCAUUUAGGUCUACUUGAGAAAGUACAGAUCAUUUACAGUGGUAAUGUAUGGAAUUAGGCCUGGCUGUAUCAAUGUAACAAUAAUAUGGAAAUAAAAAAGAAACAGGAUUUGUGG